AUGGCGGAGCGUGCUUCGUACGAAUUGGGUCCUCGAUUAGAUAUUCAGCAAUUACAAUUUGAAGCCCAGCAUCGGUGGUUACGACCUGCAGAAAUUUGUGAAAUUCUUCGUAACUAUCGCAUGUUUCAUAUCACAUCAGAACCUCAUAUAAGGCCACCAAGCGGUUCACUUUUUCUUUUUGACCGGAAGGUUUUGAGGUACUUUAGAAAGGAUGGGCAUAAUUGGAGAAAGAAAAAAGAUGGGAAAACUGUGAAAGAAGCUCAUGAAAAAUUAAAGGUGGGAAGUGUUGAUGUGUUACAUUGUUACUACGCACACGGAGAAGAAAAUGAAAAUUUUCAAAGGCGAAGCUAUUGGAUGCUUGAACAGGAUACACAUAUAGUAUUUGUCCACUACUUGGAAGUUAAGGGUAACAAGUCAAAUACUGGAGGAAACACUGAUAGCAAUGGGGUCAUAUCAGAUUCUCAAAAGGUCAAUUCUCCGUCGUCUGGCUUUCCCACAAGUUAUAAUAGUGUGCCUUCACUGAGUACAGAUUCCAUGAGCCCAACUAGCAGCAUGACAUCUUUGCGUGAAGAUGCCGAUUCAGGUGAUCAUGGACAGUCAUCAGUUUCUGGAACGGAAUAUAUCCCACAUUUUGACAGAGAAAAAAAUCGGGGAAAUGAUGCUACUUGUAUUGAUGGCUUGAAAGUACAUGGCCUGACAUCAUGGGACACAGUCUUGCAUGCGGAUCCUUCUCUCGUAUCAUUUCCUUCCAUCCCAUCUAGUUCACUGGCAAACAUCCUUGCCCAAGAACAUAACAUCUUGGGUGACUUUUCAAUGAGCAGAAGUGAUCUCACUAUUGGAGCUGGGAGCUCUCAGCCUCUCCAAUCAAAUUGGCAGAUUCCUUUUGAAGACAACCCAGGACACAUGCCAACCUUUACCCAAUCAUUGAGUUUGGAAUUUGAAUCUGAUUAUGGAACUGGUUUACUAGGGAAUGAAGAUCAUAAUAAAAGUUCUGAAAUUAACCCUGUCAUGUUCAGUUUUCACGGUGAGCCAGAAGAGAAGCUUGCACAGCGAAACUAUCUGGAAGAGAAGGUAGACGGACAACAGCAAGAUGACCUCAAGUCCAAUUCUGCAAGUGAAGUUCCUAGCGAAGAAACUGUUAGCUAUCCCUUAUCUGUGAGGCGCACAUUAUUGGAUAGGGAUGAGAGCUUGAGGAAGGUUGAUAGCUUCAAUCGAUGGAUUACUAAAGCACUUGGUGAGGUGGAUAAUUUGAAUAUGCAGUCCUCAAGUGGUAUUUCAUGGAGUACAGAUGAAUGUGGGCAUGUGAUAGAUGAUACCUCACUGAGCCCAUCGCUGUCUCAGGACCAACUAUAUAGCAUAAAUGAUUUUUCACCUAAAUGGGCUUGUGCUGAGUCGGACACUGAGGUGUUGAUUAUUGGAUCGUUUUUGAGAAGUCAAUCAGACGCGACAACUUGUAACUGGUCCUGUAUGUUUGGGGAAGUUGAGGUUCCUGCUGAGGUUGUAGCUAAUGGAAUUCUGUGCUGUCAAGCUCCUCCUCAUAAGGUUGGCCGGGUCCCUUUCUAUGUAACAUGUUCCAAUAGGUUAGCUUGCAGCGAAGUGCGCGAAUUUGAUUUCAGAGAGGGAUAUUCUAGAAAUGUAGAUUAUGCCGAUUUUUUCAACAGUUCAGCUGGCAUGCUGCUUCAUUUGCGACUGGAGGAGUUUCUUUCUUCAAAACCAACACACCCUUCAAAUCAAACCUUUGAGGGCAGUGCAGAGAAAAUGAACCUAAUUUCUAAGCUUAUUUCACUAAGAGAGGAAGAAGAAUAUUCAAGUAAGGAAGAGCAGUCUCUGUUUCACAAGCAGGUUAAAGAGAAACUGUACUCGUGGCUGCUUCAUAAGCUAUCCGAGGGUGGUAAAGGGCCAAAUGUGUUGGAUAAGGAUGGACAGGGCGUGCUACAUUUAGCAGCUGUUCUUGGUUAUGACUGGGCAAUAACUCCAAUUUUAACUGCUGGAGUUAGUAUCAACUUCCGUGAUGUGAACGGAUGGACAGCUUUGCAUUGGGCGGCAUCUUGUGGCAGAGAGCGGACAGUUGCUGUCCUUGUAUCCAUGGGUGCAGAUUGUGGUGCAUUGACGGAUCCAUCUCUAGAGUUUCCUUCAGGUAGAACAGCUGCAGAUCUCGCCUCUAGCAAUGGGCACAAAGGACUCUCUGGUUUUCUAGCGGAGUCUUCAUUAACAAGCCACCUUGAAACCCUCACAGUGGAUGAUCAACAAAAAGGUGGUAAGCAAGAAGUUACAGGAAUGAAAACAGUACAGACAGUUUUGGAGCGAACUGCAACACCUGUGGUCUAUAAUGAUAUGCCUGAUGCCCUCUGUCUUAAGGAUUCUCUAACCGCUGUCCGCAAUGCUACACAAGCUGCCGAUCGCAUACAUCAAGUAUUCAGAAUGCAGUCCUUUCAGAGGAAGCAGUUAACUCAGAAUGAGGAUGAUGAGUUUGGUUUGUUAGAUCAGAGGGCUCUUUCCCUACUAAGUUCUAAGUCGUGCAAAUUAGGACAAGGAGAUGGUUUAUUCAAUACCGCUGCAACUCAAAUACAGAAGAAGUUUCGUGGUUGGAAGAAGAGGAAAGAGUUCUUGAUCAUUCGUCAAAGAAUUGUUAAAAUCCAGGCCCAUGUUAGAGGUCACCAGGUAAGGAAGCAGUAUAAAACUGUCAUUUGGUCUGUGGGAAUCCUGGAGAAGGUUAUAUUACGAUGGAGACGCAAGGGUAGUGGUCUACGUGGGUUUCGACCAGAAGCCCUUAAUAAAGCCCCCAGUCAACAAAAUGAUUCUCCGAAAGAAGAUGAUUAUGAUUAUCUAAAGGAAGGACGAAAACAAAAAGAGGAAAAGAUCCAAAAGGCCCUUUCUAGGGUGAAGUCCAUGGUUCAGUAUCCGGAAGCACGGGCCCAAUACCGGCGCAUGCUAAAUGUUGUCGAAGACUUCCGUCAAAAGAAGGACUCUAACAUGGGUUUGAUCAGUUCUGAAGAGACAGUUGAUGGUGUAGAGGAUUUGAUUGAUAUUGAUAUGCUUUUAGAUGAUGAGAAUUUCAUUCCCAUAGCAUUUGAUUGA